AUGGCUCAACAGCCGCUCUUCGGUCUGGUUCCGGCGAACCUCCCGCUGGUGACGGACCCCACCGAGGUCAUAUCGCCAACCUCGUUCAUCUACAGCAUCCCGCCCGUCAGGGCCUUUUCCCAUAUCGUCAUCUUCCUGCUGCCCGGCGUCGCUCUGCCAGAAAAUACCGCCGCGGCCAUCUACCUGGUGACGCCACCGCCGACGCCGGGGGCUCCGCCGGGCUCAAAGUUCCUCGGCGGCAUCGGGCCGGGCAAGGAGAGCGCCAUCUUCAACCUCAAGGGUUCCCUCCCGACUCAGACCGACGGUGCUCCGCCGGUGGUGAUUGGCGUCAGCAUCGAGCCGGCAGAUUCAGUCGCGGCUCGCAUCGCAGAGGUCAAGGCCGCGUCGUCAUCGGCGGCCGGGAAUCAGCAGCAGCAGCAGCAGCAACAGUCCAACGCCCUAGUGGUACGGCCGUCGACCUUGGUGCUCGCCCAGCGCAUAAUCCAAAACGCCUUCAAUUUCCUGGCUGGCUUCAGCGGCACCGCCGGCCAGGUUGAGGUCGUGCCACUCAAGGCGUUUGAGGACUGGUGGAAAAAGUUUGAGAGCAAAGUCCGGACUGACCCGGGCUUCCUGGAGAGGGGCGAACAGUGA